AGUCUGCCCGACCUAACUAAACAACUGGACAAUUCAGGAUGCAGUGUACAGUUAUGAGUGCCUGUAUACCGACAUGUCCCCUCGAAGAUCUACAAUCGGCAUCCCUAGAACCCAAUGGAUCUCCGGUCCAUCUGCCCCAGAGACCGUAGACCGUCUUCUCGUCUUGCGCCCCUUCGACCUCCGCUCCCCCUUGACAACAAUCCCUGCCAAGGAUCCGACUCAACAACCAGAACGGCGGGGUCGGCGCUGAGUGGACAAAUGUCGCGACUUGAGGGCGAAACGCGCAAGAAAAAAAAAAGAGGGG